UCCUGGCUAGCUCAAACAGCCCUCAGCGUCUGCAGCGAGUGGACGUGCGUCGCGCCGCGCCCGCCACACACCUGUGGCAUCGCGUAGACAGAGACAGACAUACGUGCGUAGUGUUUAUCCGUUUCGCUCGCGUCGGUGCGUCGUUCGAUUUUUGUUUUUGUUUGCGAAUUUUGGAUCACAGUGGCAGUUGAAGUGUUGUGUCAGUGAAUGAUCCACGAGCGCCGGAACGGAACGCCACGUCGCGCACUUGUUUAAAAAUGACAAAAGUGACGUAACACUCGCAUAGUGUUGGUGACGUAGUGACAAAGUGUUUAGUGUCGGAUUUAGUGAAACAUGUGCCGGUGAUUAACAUUUAACUCGAACCAAAUUAUGUGCAGUACGGCUGGCGUGGAUAAUAAUAGUUGUUCGUGUCAAAAUGUGGAACGUCGUAGCCGUUUUGGGUGUACUGGUGUGCGUAGCUGGUUUCCAGCAGCAGUACUUCAGGGUGGUACCUCGCAGUCUGCGAGUGCAGGAGGGGAGUGAGGCGGUGCUGGAGUGCGCUGUGGCCAACCUGGCUGGCCAGGUGCAGUGGGCAAAGGACGGAUUUGCACUUGGCUUCUCCUCCGUAAUCCCCGGCUACCCCCGCUACACGAUGUUCGGCGACCGGCGACACGGCGUCUACAAUCUGCGCAUUGUGAACGUGACCUUAGAGGAUGACGCCGAGUAUCAGUGCCAAGUGGGGCCUGCACAGAUGCACAAAGUCAUACGUGCGAACGCGUCUUUGUCUGUUAUAUCGCCACCUACCGCCGUGGAGAUCACAAAUCACCCACCAAACUCGAAGAUAGAAGUGAAGCAGGGUGAAACAGUAGCGUUAGAAUGUAUGGUGAAGAACUCGAAACCAGCUGCCAAGAUUGUGUGGUACAGGGGAAACGUCGAGUUCAAGGGGGAUAAAGUUUCGAAAGAAGAUGUUAAAGAAAUCGAGAGCCCCAACGGUAAUCCUAAGAUGACAAGAUACACGACAAUAUCAAGGGUAAAAUUCGAAGCAACUUCAGACGACGACUACGCAGACUUCACUUGCGAAGCGAGGCACGAAGCUUUACAGCGAGAUUCUCCGAUGCGUAGCACUGUACAGCUGAGCGUGUUAUAUCCCCCUGGAGCGCCCUACAUUGAAGGGUACGCGGAAGGGGAGACAGUCCGUAGAGGGCAAAGCCUGGAACUUGUCUGCAGAAGUCGAGGAGGCAACCCACCUGCUCAGCUAAUCUGGUACAAGAAUGGAGAACAAAUCCGAAUGGCUUACAGGACAAGCGGCCGGAUGUCAGAGAACGUGCUAUCGUUCAAAGCGGACGCGUCAGACAACAAGGCGCGGUAUACGUGCGAGGCGAAGAAUAUAAUGAUAAGCAACACGCUGAAGGCUGAAAUUGAUCUCACUGUUCUAUUCGCUCCUUCACACGUGACUAUUUCCGGGCCCUCGGAAGCGAGGGUGGGCGAUCCUGUUCCUCUGAGCUGCAGCACGGCGCCCUCGAACCCUGCAGCCGAUAUCAAGUGGCUAGUACUGGGUAAACAUCACAAAGAAGCCAGUAACAGGACUGUAAUAUCACCAGAAGGUGGAUGGAUAACGACAUCAAAUAUCACUGUCGUGGUGGAGCCGAACCGACGCUCUAUUGUGGUGGUAUGCCACGGGAUCAACGCACAGCUCACUGAGAAUGUGGUAGCCACACACACUAUUAACGUAUUAUAUCCACCAUCAGCCCCCAUGAUCACUGGGUACAUUCCUGGGACAACACUAGCAGCUGGUACUGUGCAAAAAUUGUCCUGCAUAUCGAGUGGGGGCAAUCCUCUGGCGACGCUCACCUGGUUUAAGAAUGAUAAAAAGAUCCACGCAGUUACAAAAACUACGGACAAAUCUGUAUCGAGCGAGAUUUCAAUAUUCACGAACGUCACCGACAAUCAAGCUCAGUAUCGAUGCGAAGCAACAAACAGCGCCACAGAGAUACCAUUGUUCGAGACUGUCACACUGAAUGUACAUUUUGCUCCUGAAGCGGUGAAGGUGCGAGCUGAACCAGAAGAAUUGAAACCAGGAAUCGAAGCGACUCUCUACUGCGACGCUGCGUCUAGCAACCCACCAGCAACCUUAACGUGGUGGCGAGAUGGAAUACCAGUCCAAGGUCUCCCAAUGCAACUGAAGAAAGGUCUUCAUGGAGGAACAGUAUCCACAAUAGAAUUGAAGCUGAACAUCACCAAAGACUUGAACGGUGCAGUGUAUACAUGCCAGGCAAUGAACGAAGUGUUGCAAAGGAGUGUUCACGAUGCAUUGGCGUUGAAAGUUUUAUAUGCGCCAAUUUUUGAUGAGACCACACCGGACACAACUGUGGGAGUAGAGAAUGAACCACUCAUCAUUGUACUAAGAGCAGAUGGAAACCCUGGCAGUAUCACGUACACUUGGACCAAGGAUGGGCUGCCUAUCACUCAAUCGUCAUAUAGCACUUCAAAUGAAAGGAUUCUCUCCGAAGGCAGUAUGCUCAACAUCACUCGACUAUCAAGGCACGACGCUGGCGUCUAUACUUGUGAAGCGGUCAACUCUCAGGGUGCAGCUAUUGCAAAUAUAUCAGUUUCUGUCCAUUAUCCGGCCAGUAUAAAAUUCGUUGGUCAAAGUGCAAUAGUGAAUCCAAAUGAAGAUGCAGUUCUAUCGUGCACAGCUACGGGUAAUCCACUAACAUCGGAACACAUCAAAUGGGAAAGAAAAGGUCAGAUGCUCGAUUCGAAACACGUCACUUUUGACCCUAAAAAUUUUACCAGUCACCUGCAAAUAUUGAAAGCGACAAGAGACGACGUUGGUGAUUACAGUUGUGUCGUCGACAAUGGUAUAGGAAAUAAGGCCAAACAAGAUGUCAUGCUGGUAGUCAAGUUCAAGCCUGAAAUGGACUCGUCUCCCAGUCUAGUGAAAUCUGCGUCCAAUGUUGGACAAGUGGGAAGACUGACUUGCAAAUGCAAAGCAGCCCCAGCACCUAACUUCACUUGGUCUAAAAACGGAGCUAAAUUACCAGUGAAUACGUCGACGAAAUAUUUUGCUGAAUUCCAUAAAAUUGACGCUAUAACCUACGCCUCUGUGUUGCUUGUGAACGAUGUGACAUCGUCGGACUAUGGGUCUUUCGAGUGUGGGGCCAGAAACGACUUGGGCUUCAGCACUACCUCUGUGAAAUUAGACAUCACCAGUGCUCCAGAUCAAGUAAUAUCAAUGAUGGUGACGAAUGUCACACACAACACAGUGACUCUAGAAUGGGUGCCUGGAUUCGAUGGGGGUUUACCUUCUUGGUAUAGAAUACGAUACAGGAAAAUUUACGACGAAUCGUAUAAAUAUGAAGAUGUAUUACCGAAAAAUGCCACGACAUACACAAUUGGUGGACUGGAGAGGAAUACGGACUACGUGUUCUCUGUAAUGGCCAUAAACAAGAUCGGACAAAGCAAAUAUCGGCCGGACGAUACGAAGGCUACAACUCUUACUUCGUCGGAAGUAGGUGAACUGAAUGUAGUCCCAACAGAGUUCGUGGAGACGGGAGACAUGUCCAAGUCUGUGACUCUGUACGUCACAUGCAGUGGUGCUUUACUUGUUUUGUUGAAUGCCGCCUUUAUCGCUUGUUUUAUAUUAAAGAGACGCUCCCGUCGAUUGAAAGAACAAGCCGGCCAGUCUUCAAAAUCGGCCACCAUAGAAAUGUACGCGCCAUCGUCCUACAACGAUACAAUGACUGGGGAGACCUUGAGUUCAGUGUCGGAGAAGUCGGAGACAUACUCCCAGGACGAUGGGGAUGAUCGGCAGCCACCGCCCAUUCCUGAGGUUCCGUCGAUGCCUAACAGGCAUAUGUUGAGUCAGCAGACGGACGCGUACCUAAUGGACGAGCAGGGUCUAGUCAUCCCCCCUCCCCUGGACUAUCCCCCGCCCAACUACGCGGUGUACGAAGGUGAUCACGCGAGAACACUGCCACACCCUCACAGACAUAAAGAUAUCAGUGGUCACAAUACGUUGGGAAGGAGUGCUGGUAAACAAAACUACGCACCAGCUCCGAGCCCCAUGCCCCCACUGGAUGGGUCCUACUACAAUAUGGCAUCAGACAGAUACCUAUCGUACCCACCUCUCAUAUCUGAAUAUUUGCACCAACAACAGACGGGUCGCACUCCCACCCCACCCCAACAGUAUGGGCCCCAGCCGGUGCCUAAACCCCAUCUCAUGAAUGGGGGGGUCCCGGGCGGGUCACCUUCACACGUCGCCAGUCCCCCUCUCUCGUACGGGCUUGAUGCUCUAGACAGACAGUCAUCCGGCGGCACACUGAGGAGGCAAAGACUUGAUAAGAUGGCCGUUCCACCGCCAGACGUGACGGUACUUCAUCAGGGUAAUUGCGCGCAGCACCCCCAACUGCCGCAAACACCAGCACCGGUGAAGCAGCCACAAUCAAUACUGAAAGACCCAUCGCGCCACAAAUACGGCAACCAAUACGGAAGCCCGAUAUCCUCGAGCACCCCCCAAAACAGCAAUUCGAGUCAAAUUCUCACAGUCCAGAAUUUGACGUCCGACGUGCCACAGUACGGCACGAUUAGGAAAGAAAAGAAACAGAACGUGACGAUUGACGAGUCGUACAACAAAAGAAGUGAAACGCACGUUGUUUAAACAACAAAACAUGUGCAUAUGUACAUAUUUGAACUAGUUAAAAUUGUAGAUAGAUUUAAAAUUCAUUGAAUGUGAUAAACUGAAGUGCAAGUGUGAACGAUUAGAUAGCAAAUAGUGUAAAAGAAUUUAAUAAAGACGGUACUAAGAGAGGAGACGUAACAGCAACGGUGUUAAAGUGUUGAGGUUUUAUUUUCGUGCAAGAAAAACUUUGUUCUUGCGAACUCGUGUGUGAGUCGCCUUAAAUGUUGAGUGCGUCGGAUGUUGAGCCCAAUAGUCAAAUAAAUUAUUCGGGUUGUGUGUAUGUUGGUGCAAUGAUGCAAUGAUGGUUCGACUGACUUAUCAUUAAAAUAGGCCAAGUUAACGUCCAAAUGCCGACAUUAUAUGAAUGUUUACGACAUUUUUCAUUGUCCAGUUGUGAGGAGAAAUCAUUUUAGGAGUUAGGGCUAUAUUGUACGUGAACGUGUCGAAGUAUUGAUCGGUAAGUCUUUGAUAAAUAGCACAUUAUAUAGUAUUAUAAACAUUAAUACAUAUAAUGUCAAUAUAGCCCCCAUUAUUAUUAUUAGAUGAUAAUUAAAUUUUUUUAUUAUAAUUAAUUUUCCUCUAAAAUACGAUUCCGACGAAGGAUCUCUUUCUAAUUAAGUUUUUAAUAUUCGAAUUUAUAUUCGAAAUACGAAUGUUGAAUUGUAAUACAAUUUAUUGGGAAAUUUUGAAUUUGCCCCGUCGGCUAUAGCCGCUGUUUGUUUUCAAUUGAUGUUCUUUGUAAACGUUGGGAAUGCAUCUAAUUGUUAUAUCAUAAUAAUUGUAAUAAAUAUAAUUUUUAAUAUAAUGCAAGGCGAAGUUUUCGUCCAAUUUGUUUAAUUUUUAAAUUGAUAUUUUCUAAAAAAAAAAAACUGUUUCAAAUUAUUUAAUGCUGAUAUUUCAAAAUUAUAUUUUUAUCAUAAAUUCGAUUUUGUCAAUUUUAAUUCACAGGCUUUUAGACUAUUUAGUUCUUUAUUCUCAUAAAUUAUAUUGAACCUAUCAUAUUAUUAUACCGUUGAAAACUUUAAAUUUGAUUUGUUUUCAAAAACUAUAAGAUUUAUUACUAAGAUUUUGUAAUAAAUUGAAAGAAAACUUUGCCUUGCUAAAUUGAUUGAUGACUAUGAAAAUUAAAUAUAUAAAUUUUAAAUUCUAAUUUCAGUGGAUUUAAUUCUCUUGAAAUCCGAUCUGAGAUCAAUACGAAAGUGAAGUAAUAUAUUUUUUAUGUACCAUUUUCUUUUUUAAUCGAUAAUUACCCGAAAAGAACUGAUAAUUAUGUUUUGUGGCGAAUAUACAGUAAACUAUCACAUUUAUAAGCGAUUUUGUAAAAUUUUUGGGUAUUUCAAUUUUUUCGCAACAUCUUGGCAUAAUGUAAAUAAAAAAUAAUACUCGGAUAGCGAAUUGACAAUAAAUUAUAAGUUUUUUUUUUUUUUAUUAUUUUUAUUAUUAUAUAAUUUAUACAUAGUCCCGCUUCAAUUACUGUAUAUAAAUCAUUAAUUGUGUAAUUUUUUUUUCUAUAAUAUCAUUAUAGCUUUUCUACUCAAAAAAUAAUCGGUUUUAAUACAGAUACCAAAGUUUUAAUAAUUUUAUUUUUAAGUUAGUAAGCUUACUUACUUUUAUUUUUAUGAUUUUUACUUAGUAUUUGUAACAUGUUCUGUUGGAAAUCCUAUGUUUUUGACUGAUUUUUUAAACCAUUAUUUUGAUUAUACACAAACAAAAUAUUAAUUAAUUCAAUAAAUUAAUAAAAAAAAAAAUUCUCGGAAAUCCAUCCAUGACGAAAUACGAUUUUAUAUUUACAGAAAUGUUUUAUUGUUACAUUUCGAAUUUAAAUAAAAAAUCUAAUAAUUAAACAUUUUCGUUUUAUUUUUGUCGCCUCUUUUAAUUUAACAUAAAAAUAAACAACAAUUAUUAAAAACAUAUCAAUCAAUAAUUAAUAAAUUGGUUUUGCUUGAAAAAAAAACUAUUCAGCCGCCGACCAUUUUUUUUUUACUUAUUUAUGAACAUAAAGUGCCAAAUAUAGGUGAUUUUUCUCGCAAAAAAAAAAUUAUUAGAUAGUAAAGACACUUUAGCUGUGUUAUACGUCCUUCUACAUAAAAUAGUUAUAUUAUAAAACCGUGCCUUAUACUUUUAUGCCAUUAUGAGAUAAAAUAUCACUUAAAUUAUUGCCAAAUCUAGAUUAAAAUUAAUAACGAACUUUGUUUAGGGGUUAAGAGUUUUUUUUUUUUUCGAUUAUCCCAAUUUGUUUGCUAAAUAUACACAAUUGAGGCACCACAUUGUAAAAUAAAUGUUAACGAAAUAUAAAUAAGACUGAUUUUAUAAUAUAUAACUAUUAGUUUUGUUAUAUUAAAUGUUGCAAAUAGAAUAUUUUUUCCUUUAUAACAAAACAUUGUACUCGUACUGUAGUUGUAAAUAUUUCCCUAAUAAUGAAUUUUU